AUGAUUUCCUCAAAAGAAUCAAUUCAAAAGGGGGAUAUGAUUCCCAUUUCAUCAAUAAUUGAUAAAAAUAGGGUUAAAAUUGCAAAAGAAAAUAGAGGCAAGAUAAAACUAACUAUUGAGGCUAUUUUAUAUUGUGGCAUGCAAGGCCUAGCACUUCGUGGCCACAAGGAUUCAGGAAGCUUAAAUUUUAAUAAUAAUGAUAACGAAGGUAAUUUCCGUGGACUUUUAAAAUUUAAAGCAUUAGGAGAUCCUGUAUUAAUGGAGAGCCUCAUUAGUACCAAUAAAAAUGCUACUUAUCUCAGCCCUAGGAUACAAAAUGAGAUAAUUGAUAUUUGCAACAAUAUCAUUUUAGAAAAAUUGAUUGUUGAAAUCAAUUCUGCCCCAUGCUUUUCAAUUUUGGCAGAUGAGACCACGGACAUUGCUGGCAUUGAGCAGAUGUCGUUGUGUGCGCGAUAUGUAGAUACUCAUAAAAACAUUAUCAAGGAAAUGUUUCUCCAAUUUAUUCCUAUUUCAAGCAUGACUGGGUCUGCUUUAGCUGAUCUAAAUAUAAAUAUGAUAUGUGGGCAAGGGUAUGAUGGAGCACGUGCAAUGAGUGAACAAUUUAAUGGGCUUCAGGCAUUUAUUAAAAAAAAAUGCCCAACAGCUAUAAAUGUCCACUGUGCUGCCCAUUCACUCAACUUAGAAAUAUCGGAUUCAUGUUCUUUACCAUUGAUAUCAAAUUGCUUAGGUAAAAUAUCUAGCAUCUAUGAGAUGUUUAGAUACCCAAAAUGUCAAAAUAUUUUGAACAGAACUCCUUGCCCAACAAGGAGAAAAAAAUUGCAAAAAGCUUGUCCAACAAGAUGGAGUCUUCGACAUGCAGUAACAGCUUUUAUCGAGUUAGAAGAGCCGAUUAUUAAUGCUCUUACAGAAAUAUCACAAUGGUCUGAAAGAGAUAUUUCUUCAGAAGCAAGCAAAGAGUUUUUGUUCAAGGUAAAAACCUUCCCUGGGUUCAUCAGUGAUUUUACGAAUAAAAGAACCAAGUUCUUUGAAGAAGGUCAAAGCACGGCCACCAAAUGUGGCUAA